AUUAGUGACGUCACGUCCCGCUAGACUCACUGGAACCUGACAGAGAAAGGCUCGUUGACUGCGGUGGAAAUACGAGCAUAGGUUAUAUCCUUCAAGGGCGUCUUUCAUCAACUGAACAAAUAACCGCUGCUGGUGAAUUCAACUAUUACUCACGUUAAGGUAAUUCCUGAAAGAUGAAUCCAGACCAGCCGCCUCCAUACCCAGGCCCAACGGCUCCAAGCUACCCAGGCCAGGGCCCACCACCUCAAGGAUACCCACCACAGGGUUUUCCCCCACAGGGUUACCCUGUUAACAUGCAACAGCCAUCAUACCCAAACUACCCCCCUGGACCGAUGGGAGCCGGAGGCCCCUAUCCAGAUCCAGGACAGGCACCUUAUCAAGCAUACCCUGGACAACCACAGUAUGGCUGGCAGGGUGGUCCCCCUCCAGGACCCAUGUAUGGUGAAGCUCCUAAAAACACAGUAUACUUGGUGGAGGACAGGAGACGAGACGACUCAUCAGACACAUGCCUGACAGCCUGCUGGACAGCCCUGUGUUGCUGCUGUCUGUGGGACAUGCUGACAUAACAAUGUUCUCCGGCACCUCAGUCACCCCCUUAGUUCCCUGCUUCUGUGCCUCAAAACAAUUAACAACCCUUGCCCGCAUUGGCCUUAAAUCUUGCGCCCCCUCUCAACGUUGCCUUCAUUUCUUUUAACAAAUCUUUUCCCUUGUUUAUAAACGCAUGCUUUUUUUCCCUGUAUGGAUAUUUUUCUUCUUAAUGUGAAGUCCUCUGCGCCAACUGACUGAGCAACCCAGUCCACACGCUACCAUGUAGCAGCUUGUAAGUGAGCUUCAAGACCUACCCUGAGGGUGCGUUUACACAACAACACUGUUUUUUGCUGUUUAUUUUUCACAUUUGACAACAUUGUAAGACAUCCGCUUUCACACAAACCUGCAAAAAAUUGACUGAAAACAUGAUGCAUUAUGCAUGCCAAGCUAGUGGAUGGUGAUGUCUCUUAAGAAAAGCCUUUAAAUCCUCUACUGAAAGCUAUCUGAAUGCAUACUAACACCCCUCUCCAUUCUAACCCAAACUUAUAACUACAUGUACUCUUUGCUGAUGUACAAUCAGUAUUACUACAAGCACAUACCCAUGCAUGCAAAACCUGUUUUUAUUAGAUGACCAUAUACAGUGUUCACACUGGAACACUAUCAUUUUUGAAGUGGUUUGUGUUUGCAGCUCCAAAAUGUUGUCAUGUUAAAACAGUAAAUGGAUAAAAAAUGGUGCCGUGUAAACUGCUGUUAAUUUCAGGCUUCCUGCAGUAGUCUGUCAGUUGAACAUGGCAGAAUGCAACAUCAAGGCGCACACACUCGGUACACUUGGCUCUCAGGCUCAUCUCAUGUGACGCUCUUCAGCACUUUAUGAUGAUUACCUCUGUAUGUACUUCCUGACUCCCGUCUAUCCUUCAUCUUUUACCUGCAUUCUUUGCUCCAUCCCAUCUCUCUUAUUUGACUUUCAUUGGUCUCCCACACGCCUAUAUGCCCCAGGUGGUCUUUAAGGAGCUGACAUUCAGAAUGUUUUGUGUCUUCAGGUGAAAUCACAUCACUAUAAACACUGAAUCUAAUGGUCACACAUUUCUUUUUCCAUAGUGAUCUAUAUAUAGCAUAUAUAUAACAUAUUUUUCAUGCAUUUGAGAUUUAACUGAAAAAAACAAACCAUGUUGUGAUUGAUAAACCGAAUGACUCGUUAAAUGCCUGUUUGCUUUAAAUUAAAAUAUGACAUUAAAGUCAUUUAUUCCCAUCAA